AUGGGAAAAAAAAUGCGAGUGCCUUUAUGCACACUUCUGGAACAGCCUGUCUCUUAUCGCUUCACCCUUAUUCCUUCUGCCCCGAGCUCUCUUCAGCUGGAAGCCCUGCUCCUCUACAGCAAGAGCUUUGUCCCCGUCACUAAUGGCCCUGAGCUCAGGGAACCCAACCGUCCAUUUGCAGUCUUGACCUUGAGUCACCACUCACAUCCUGCCGUCCUCCUGAAAACACCGUCCUGGCUCCGUCUCAGGACACCGCACCCUCUCCCCCACUGGCCAUUCUUUUGCAUUCUCCAUCUCUUCCCGCAGACCCUCUGA